AUGGACUUUAGCGCCGUUGAGGAGUACAACAUCGACAUAGGAGUAGAUGAGCUGAACUGUGGUUGUAUUCGUGACCUGUCGCUGUCAGCCUUCUUUCAGGUUCUCGCUUUGCUCAAGUGUUCACUGGUGUCAAAGAAACCUUUGACAGAAACUUUGUUGAAUCGAAAUUCAGCACCGAAGUUCGGAAAAGAAGAUUUUGAUCAGAACAUCUAUGUUGAAUCUACAGUAGAAGAAUCAGAAUCAAAUGUGGAUGGGAAGAUUCAUGUAAAGCUUAUCAUCAGUAAAUCCAAGAAAAUGGUUUGUUUUGCCGAAACAAGUGAAGAAUUUGUUGAUUUAGUCUCCAGUUUCCUAACUGUUCCACUUGGUUAUAUAAUAAAAGAAAUGCAGAGUAGCAUUUCAAUAGGAUCCUUAACUAACCUGUACAAUAGUGUCCAGGAACUCGAUGUUGAGAAAUACUUGAAAUCUAAUGAGCACAAGGAAAUUCUCAUCAGUCCGAAGCUCGCCCCUGAUUUUAGCCAUGAGAACAAUCCUUUAGGCAUUGAAGAAGGUUUGCACCCAUCAUACCGUGCUAUAGAAUAUCAUGUAUAUCCUUAUCAUUAUGAAUUGACUUCUGAUGGUCAAAUUCCUUCUGGAUCUACUUUGAGAAGUUCAAUUUUAACUGUCAAGGGUCCUAAGUCUCAUUUUAAAGAAGCCAAAAGAGGAGGGUUUGUGACUGGACCAACAAUGUUUACCGUAACUGACAAUCUGAUCAUCACACCCAUUUCUCAAGUCAAAAGUUUGUGUCUUCUGAAAGAAUUGAAAGUAUCUGUCAGCGAUAUUGAGGAGCGUGUUGUGCAUGUGGGCAGUGAGAAGGCUUUGCGUCUAUUAAUGGCUUCUUUUGUAUCAGAAUCUGCUUUGACCAGUGUCUUUCUGAGAGAGCCAAAUCCAGAAUAG